AAAUGUUCUUAUAAUCAAGUUCUUAUAAAUGGUUUGAUUAUUAACGUAUAGUGACAUACACAUGGUUUUUCGUCAUCUUGUUCCCGCCUAAACUAAAAACUUAGUUAUAUGUGAAAAGUUUAUAAAAGGUACAUUAUAAUUACACAUUUGAAAAUGAUUAAUUCUUAAUUAAUUUCUAUCUAAUGAUGUAAUUUUUUCUAAUAAUGAAGUCAUGAAACAAAUUAUUUGAAUAAAUAAUUUCUUGUACAUUGUUUUCUAAACAAUAUUUUGUUAGUAAAUUGUAUUUGUAUGUGGAACGAUAAAUUAUCAAAAUGUCAAAAAAGCUUGCAUUAAAUGAAACUCCAGGAGUUCCAAAGUUGACAACAUUUUUUAAGCGAUUGGAGAACAAAGAUAAUAUAACCUCUAGCACACCAACUGAGAAAAACGUUUCAAAAAGUUUAAACGAAAACCAUGAAAGUUUUAUUAAUUUGGAUGAUGAUAGCAGUGAUUUUAUUACUGAGAAUAUGAAAAAGGAGUUAAAAGUGGUAGAUAGUAUUAUAAGUAUUGAUAGUUCAAAUGAUUUACAAGAUCAAAGUACAUGUGAAGCAAAAUCCCAAGAUAGUAGUUCUUCAAUUGUACAUUAUGUGGAAGAUUCGGUUGAAACAAAAGAAAGAUUGAAAAAUAUUCAAAACACAGUGUCCCCUGAUGAAAAAACUACAUGUAGAAAAAACACUUUCUUUGAUCGAUUUUCAGAUAGUGAGGAUGAAUGUACAAAAUUUAAAACAUGUUUACGAUUAAAUAAUGGGCUCAAACAAACUGAAGAUAAAGGGGAAAGCCCAAAAAUGUCAAAAAAUCACAUCAGUGAUCUCACUGCAUCACCAUUUGCUGUUCAUAACGAGUCUUCUGCAAUAUCACCUGAAAUGACUAAACAAAAUUCAUUUGAUAAUUAUAUUAGUCCUGGCGAAACUAACCUUAAUACAAGUGGGAAUUUAAUAAUAAAAAACAUUAUGGACAAAGACAUUAAAGGUCACAAUAAUAAAAAUAUCAUCAUAUCUGAUUCCGACAAUGAGAAUUCUGAUUCCAAAGAAACUGUUGAAAAAUCACCAAAAAAGAAAUGGAUAGGCCCUGACUAUAAAUUAAAUCUGAAGCCUUUAGGUAUGGAUAAACAAUUAAUUUCUUGGAUUCAAUCGGUAAAAGAACAACCAGUUAUGUCAGCUUUGCUUAGAACCGAAGAUGAUUUAGAAGACAGACAUCAAAAUUUGCAAGACCUUCAAAUAGUUAUUCUAGAAAAAUUUUUUCUAGCUAUGGAUCAAAUUCCAAUGCCAAUAUUAGAAAAAUUUCCCAAAUUUAAUGUAGAUGCAUUUCAAAAACUAAAAGCUUUGAAUCAGCAUGUUAAAGCUAAAUUACGUUUGGUGAAAAAAAGGCUAGAGAAUAAGCAGAAGAUAGAGAAAGAAUUAAAAUCCACAAUUGAAAAUGAACCCUUACAAGAAUUAGAAAGUCAUAAUCCUGUUUUUAAGAAACAUAAUAUAUACAAAAGUAGUCCAAUAAAUUCACAAAAUUUAACAGAUAGUUUUAAUCUCAGUUUUAACUCUUCUAGCAAAGAAGUAGUAAGUCUUAAUGAAACUUCAGAUUCAUUAUUAUCAAACAUUACGAAACCUAUAAAUUCAUGGCAAAAAUGUGAUACUGAAACACUGAGUAUGAGAACCACUACCAAUGCUAACUCACCUGUUGCAAGUACGAGUGUAAAUGCAGGCGUAAGUGCAAGUGCAAGUACAAGUACAGCUCCAAUAAAAAAAAGUACUUUUCAAUUAAAAAGACCUGUCAGAGCUACAGUGUGUACAGAAGUUAAUAAAAAGAUAGGCGAAUUAUGGGAAAAAGAGCAGCAACAAACAAGACUAUUAAAAAUGAAAUCUGAUACGAAAUACGAUGAAAGCAAUAAUAGCUUUAAGUCAGAGCAAAAUGAACUUGCAUGUCAAAAUAAACAUUUUGAUUAUAAUAAUUCUAAAUCAAAAGAAUUUGAAAAGUAUACACAACCUAUGUUUAAUCAGAAGGAUGAUUGGAUCAAUAAUAUUAAUAGUUUUGAUUGUGAUAAUUCUAAACCAAAAGAAUUUGAAAAGAAUACACAAUCUACGUUUAAUCAGAAGAAUGAUUUGAUCAAUAAUAGUAAUAAUUUUGAUUCUGAUAAUUCUAAACCAAAAGAAUUUGAAAUGAAUACACAACCUACGUUUAAUCAGGAUGAUAAUUGGAUCAAUAAUAGUAAAAAUUUUGAUGAUGAUUUAUUAAUAAAUAACAAAAGGAAUAUCAUUGAAACAUUUAAACAAGAACGUAAGAUCUCUACAAAUAAUAGUUCUAAUUUAGAAUUAAGUCUACAUAUGAAUGAUUCAGGAAUAAUUAGUCAAGAAAAAAAGAAGGAUAUUGCUACAAAUAAUAAAGUGAAUAUAACUUUAAAUACAUCUGUUUCUGAUGGGAUUUUUACUGGAAAUUAUCAAAAUGAUGGUAUUAGUGGAAAAUUUGAUGGUUUGAAUUACCCUCAUUCUCGUGAAAUGUUAAAAAUUUUUAGACAAAAGUUUGGUUUAUAUUCUUUUAGACCAAAUCAAUUGCAAGCAAUUAAUGCAGCAGUUCUUGGAUUUGAUUGUUUUGUCUUGAUGCCUACAGGUGGUGGGAAAUCACUUUGUUAUCAAAUGCCAGCUCUUCUUUUACCAGGAAUUACAAUAGUUAUUUCUCCAUUAAAAAGUCUUAUUCUUGAUCAAGUUCAGAAACUGACUUCGCUUGAUAUUCCUGCGGCACACAUGUCUGGUAAUAUAACUGAAAGUCAAGCAGCAGGAAUAUAUAGAGAGCUGUCAAAGAAAGAUCCAGGAUUAAAAUUAUUAUAUGUAACACCUGAGAAAAUAUCUGCUUCUCAAAAAUUGAACAGUAUUUUAACAACUCUAUUUCAAAGAAAUUUAUUGGCACGAUUUGUUAUCGAUGAAGCACAUUGUGUAAGUCAGUGGGGUCAUGAUUUUAGACCAGAUUAUAAAAGAUUAAAGUGUCUAAGAGAUAAUUAUCCCACGGUAUCAACGAUUGCUUUAACAGCUACUGCUACUCCGAGAGUUAGAACUGACAUACUGUAUCAAUUGGGUAUGACACAACCAAAAUGGUUUAUGUCAAGUUUCAAUAGACCGAAUUUACGCUAUAGUAUAAUUGCAAAGAAAGGCAAAAAUUGUUCUGACGAAGUUGUUGCUAUGAUAAAAACCAAAUAUAAAAACCAAUGUGGUAUUGUUUAUUGCUUAUCGCGUAAAGAUUGUGAUGAUUACGCUUUACAAAUGAGAAAAAAUAAUAUUAAAGCUCAAAGUUAUCAUGCCGGAUUGACAGAUAAUCAAAGGAAUGAUGUUCAAGGACGUUGGAUUUCAGAAGAAAUUAGAGUUGUAUGUGCAACUAUAGCAUUUGGUAUGGGUAUUGAUAAACCUAAUGUACGUUUUGUAAUACAUGCUGCUCUACCAAAGUCUAUAGAAGGAUAUUAUCAAGAAAGUGGACGCGCAGGUCGCGACGGAGAUAAUGCUGAAUGUAUAUUAUUUUAUAAUUAUACUGAUAUGCAUAGAAUUAGAAAAAUGAUUGAAAUGGAUAAUUCAAGUCCAGAUGUUAUAAAAACACAUAUGGAUAAUUUAUAUAAGAUGGUAUCCUUUUGUGAAAAUAAAACCGAUUGUCGCAGAGCAUUACAACUUAACUAUUUUGGUGAAAUAUUUAAUCGAGAGCUAUGUAUUGCAAAUAAAUCAACUGCGUGUGAUAAUUGCAGGUGUAAAUCAGAAUUUACUAUGUUGGAUGCAACAGAUAGUGCACGACAAAUUAUGAAAGCAGUACGAGAAAUUAAUCAGAGAAGGAAUUCCAAAUUAACUUUAGUAUUUUUAACAGAUAUUUUUAAAGGAAGCGAUCUUAAAAAAAUUCGAGAAUCAGGUCUAACGAGUCAUCCAUUGUAUGGCCAAGGUAAAUUAUGGAACAGAGGUGAUAUAGAACGUCUUCUACAUGAAAUGGUACUUAAAGAAUAUUUACGGGAGGAGAUGUAUAUAAACAACGAAAUCGCGUGUGCUUAUUUAAAACUUGGUCAUAAAGCGACAGAAUUAAUGACCAACAAAUCAACGAAGGUGGUUAUUCCAAUACGUGCUGCAAAGAGUAGCUCGAAUGCAGUAGCAGUUGUUUCUACGGUUACAACUAAAGCUGACAAAGUUCUACAAGAAUUGCAAGAACGUUGCUAUACAGAAUUAAUAGGAAUUAUUAGAGGAAUAGCGGGUGCGCUCGAUGUAUCUGCAUCGUCUAUUAUGAACAUGAUUGCUAUAAGAGCAAUGAGCCAGCAGUUACCUGAUAAUGAAGAAGCCAUGUUACAAAUUCCCCACGUCACAAAAGCAAACUUUGACAAGUAUGGCAAAGCUUUAUUAGAUAUUACACAAAAAUAUGCAGCUGAAAAAUAUGUUUUAUUGAAUGAAACUGAUGAGAAUUUAGCUGACAGUAAUGAUGAAGAUGCAAAUUCAUGGAACACUGGUGAAGGUUCUUAUUCUAAUAGUACAAGAGGUAGAUAUGGAAGUGCGCGAGGAAGAAAGCGUAAAGGCAGAACUAGUUAUCGUUCUAGUUCAAAGAAAGCUAGAUAUACAAGUUCAAGUUCUACCACACAAAGAGGAAAAGCGGCUCCGAAACGUAAAGCUGCAGCAACAAAGACUGUAGGACUUGUAAGUCUCUCUAAUAGCAAGAAGAAAUAAUUUCUUAUUAUCAAUUAUACGCAACAGUAACAGUAUCAUUUUUAUAAAUCAUAUAUUUAAUUAUCUAUAUAUAAACCUUUGUAUUUGUAAGAUAUCGAAUGACUAUUUUGCAUAAACAUUAUGAUACAAUGUAUCAGUAUUUUUGAGAUUGACGUUUUAGUCAUAUUAAUAUGUAUUGUAAUAACAAUUCUUUAAUUAUGUAAAUACUCAAUAAAAAUUGUAACAUAUUGAUUA